AUGGCCAGUAUCCGGGAUGACUGGAUCCAGCAGCAAGUGCUACUGCGACAAGUUGAGUAUACUGAGUUCCAGUCAGUUCGGAUUGUCACGGGAACGUGGAACGUGAAUGCCAAGAAACCUUUGACGGUCGCGGAAGCCGCGAAGCUCGUGCAAUGGCUAGAGCCACAGACGACGGAGCUCCAGGACGUGCUACCGGAUGUUGUCGCACUAGGCUUGCAGGAAAUUGUGGACCUGAAUGCGGUCAACGUUGUUGUAAACAGCACAGUGACAGUGCAGCGGAGCGCUGCGUGGAAAGACGCGGUGCUCACGGCACUGAAUCAUCAUGUUGGACGUGGAGAAGCGUCGAGAGCUCCUGGAGCUCGUCGCGAGCAGUACCGAGUCGUGCUGGAGAAGCAUCUGGUGGGGAUCUUGCUGCUCGUGUUUGUGCGAGCAGAUCAUUACGAGCACGUGCAGGACGUGAAAGGAGCGACUGCUGGAGUCGGGAUCAUGGGAGUCAUGGGCAAUAAAGGCGGAGCGGCUGUGCGGCUCAGGCUGUACAGUAGCACGCUGUGUUUUGUCUGUGCUCACUUGGCUGCGCACCGUGAAAACGUCGCUGGGAGGAAUGCAGAUUAUCUCAGUAUACUGAGCAAGGUGGAUUUUGGCGAGAACGCACCAGAUGAAGCAGCUGCGUCCGUGCAGGAUAUGAGGUUCUGGAGUGGCGCGCCGUCGAUCUUGAAUCAUGAUUUCGUGUUCUGGAUUGGGGAUCUGAACUACCGCAUUCAGGAGGCGGUGACGACAGAGGAGGUCUUUCGUCUUGUUGAAAGUGGCCGAUCGCUGCUCGAGCUGGUACAGCACGACCAACUUACGAUUGAGCGGCAGCGAGGGAACGUGCUGAAAGGUUUCGAAGAAGGUAGUCUGACUUUUCCUCCGACUUACAAGUUCCAAGCUGGGACGUCUGAGUACGAGAAACGGCCUGAAAAAAAGUUGCGUGCGCCGGCCUGGUGUGAUCGCAUUCUGUGGCGAGCGAAGAAUCCAUCCGAUGUAAAGCUCAGCAGCUACAAUUCGGUUGCUGCACUUGAAAUGUCAGACCACAAGCCUGUCCACGCAUUUUUCGACGUGCAGGUGAAAUACCAGGUAGAGUCGAAGAAAAAUGACGUGAUGCGUGACAUCAUGAUGCAGCUGGAUAAAUGGGAAAACGACAACAUGCCAAAGGUCCGGCUGCUCGAAGAAGAUAGUGAUACCACGAGCAGCGGGGUGAUUUUCUUUUCGCAGCUAAAGUUUGGCGUGGAACAGAGCAAGAAAGUGAUUAUUGAGAACACGGGACUUGUAGUGACGCACUUCCGUUUCAUUCCGAAACUAGAGGAUGUGGCCGUUUGCAAGUCUUGGCUCAGCGUUACACCAAUGUUUGGCAUGAUCCCGCCUAGGGACAAAAUGGAGAUCUGCAUUACUGCUCUCGUGGAUGAGGUCGUUGCCCACGGUCUUACAAGCGGCGUGGAAAGUUUAGAUGACACUAUGAUCUUGCGUGUUGAGAACGGACGUGACUACUUCCUGGUGGUCUCUGGACAAUACGCCAAUUCCUGUUUCGGAAGCUCGAUCGAACAGUUGUUGGCGAGUUCGGAACCUAUCCGGGAUGUCGAGCUCACGGCAUCACACUCUCCUGCAGCUUCAGUGUUUAGCGUCUGGGUUGGUGGAGCAGCAGGUGUUGACGCUAAUGCACUGAUUCACCCCGAGAUCAUUGAAGGGCCGCCAGACUCUGCACCAACGAGUGAUUCACAAAAGGUGCCCAAGGAACUUUGGCGAAUGGUAAACGACAUAUAUGAGAACUACAUGCAGGAAAAGAACUUGUUCGUCGAAGCGGGUAAUAAGGUGGAGAUUGUGCAGCUGCGAGAAGCUUUGGACACGGGUACACCUUUUCCCACACAUAGUGGAUACUCCACAGCGGAAUUGCUCGUGCGAUGGCUCCAAGCGUUGCGGCAAAGUGUUGUGCCGGACGAAGCACUGACAGUUGCAGUAGCAAGCACGAACGGAAUUGUCGGACAAGGGUGUCGAGCGUUGCUGGAUACUUUGUCACCCGAGCGCUAUAACAUCGUGGUGUACCUCAUCUCUUUCUUGCGCGAAGUGCUCAAGCACAGCACCACAAACAAGCUUACGCCUGAAAAGCUGGCGUUUGUAUUCGGCCGUUGUCUCGUGUCACCGUGCAGACUCAGUGCUUUGAAGGACCUCGUACACUCAAACGCGGGCAGGGUGUUGGCAUUAGACGAGUACCAACCAGCUUCAACUUCGUCAACGGCUUCAACAGUCUCAAGCGUGGGUUCCGGCCAACUCGUGCCUGAAGAACGUCUGCGAAGGAACGCACACGAGCUCGAAAUCGCGCAAGCAAGUGCAGACCAGCGAGCUGAAAGAAUGGAAACAUUUCUUCUUCACCUCCUGUCAUCGCCAUGA